AUGAGUGGUCUUUGGCAAGUUUGUCUUGUCAAAUGCCGGCCUCAAGUCUUUAUGCUUGGGUUUCCAGAGAAUCGAGUGCAGGGGUACUCAUAUCUACGGGUAACCGUGACUAACGCAUGUGAACGACGAAUAAACGUGACCAUAACAUCUCACGUAUUUAACGAUCUGGACACAUACGUUCUGCAACCUGCAGCUAGCGACACUUCAACAGUAGCUGGAGAAUUGAUGGUUAAGGGUUCCAAGAGAACCAAGCAAGGGGUCAAAAUUAUCACGACCGGUGACGCGAAAGUGUACAUUGAGGUUGACAACAUCAACGCUAAGGAAGGAGCUCUGGUUAUACCCGUGCAAUUCCUUGGAUACCGCCAUUAUGUGGUGACCGGAGUGUCUACUGAGGGAACAACUCAGUCGGAAAUUCUUCUUGUUGGAGUAACUGAUCAAACAGAUGUUGCCGUGACCAUCCAUACUACCACAAACGUUAUUUACGAUCGAGACAUGUUCUUUAAUGGUGCGGUAAUUUAUAUACAGCUUGACGAAUUUGAUACAGUUCAGAUUCAAAGUGACAGCGGUGACUUGUCAGGAUCUCUUAUCGAAUCGUCCUCGCCGAUAAGUGUUUUCAGCGGAAAUCAAGCUGUGAGCAUAAACACAAAUGUCGGCUACCUAUUGGAGCAAAUGCCAGCCAUAAUGUUUUGGCAGACUAAGUUCGUUAUUGUGCCCCCGAAAGGGUUCAAUUACGAAUGUAAAAUAGUGGCUGCUUUCUCGUGGACUUUGGUGCGCUACCGAUGUAGUUUGGUUGGGUGGCAUGACGUACUGUUAGUAUCCGCGGGAACAGACGUGGCAUUACAAUUGGGAAGCGCCCUCUGUACGGUCAUUGCCAGCAAGCCAAUACUGACGACUAUGAUUAUCCGUGCGAUGACGUUUGAUCCUGCCAUGGUCGUGAUACAACCGGUACGGGAAGUCCACAGACACAUCCCGUUUUAUGUCCCCGAAACUCUUGAGUUCGCCCAAAUCAUUCUUGUUACGUACACAGAUGACAUCUACGAUAUGACCUUGGACAAUGACACUUUGACCAAUGUAAUAGCGCCUUCGUUUGAACCUCUUUAUGUUGCCGUUGUUGAAGACAUCAAAAGUGGGACUCACAUUAUCAAAACAUCCGGGUCAUCCUUGAGGAUAUCGGGGUAUAUAUUUGGGUUGUUUGGUGGCUUGACAUCGGCAUUCCCACUGCAAUUUCAACAAAACAGGUCGCGUGAGGUCGAUACAACAUCAACAACAACAACAACAUCUCUGAAUGGCGCCGUUGAUAAUCCUAUCCUGAACAAUGUCGCCCUGGGUACAACAACAGUCACAGACAAUUCCAUGCUUGUUGAGUCGAGCAGAUCAGAGACCGAUACAAUAUCCACCAUAGUCACUGGAACACCGGGACCGCCGACCAAGGCAACAAUCUCCUCAUUUGAAGGAACAUCCGAACCAACCAGCGAAACAACAGCUGUUGCAACAUCCGAACCAACCAGCGAAACAACAGCUGCGAUACGUGUUGCAACAUCCGAACCAACCACUGCAAAAACAUCUGCAAAAUUUGAAGGAUCAACCGAAACAGAAUUUGAAACAAUCGGCAUUGCUGUCGGAACACCCGAAACGACAACCGUCAAUGUUGAUACAACAACUGUUGCUGUCGUAGAUGGAACCCUGAUCGUCCUUAGUAGUGAUCCUACAACUGAUCCUACACUGAUGCCACAGGAUGGAACAACAACAUCAUCCGCGGCUGAGGUAACAACCAUCACCGGAUAUGGGUCACAAGCGCCUACGAGAUCAUCCAUCAGACCAGUCCUUUGUGGAACCUACCCUCGGGAAAACAAGACAUGCUAUACGUACUGCGCUAACCGCACGAGGGAAAUAAACGUCCGCAUUGUGGAUAUGCGCGCCAACCUCAUAGACCGGAAGUCAACUAGUCGAUACCUGCGCAGUCUUUCUUCUGCACUAGAUGACCGAACAUCCGCCCAGACUAUCGGGUAUACGGGUGUGAUUGUCCUGGUGUCAUUUUUUCUGUUCAUAAUUAUUUUAGAUGUGAAGGCAGGUGGUAAGUCUAAGAAAAAGAAUUUAAGAAACCCGGUAUAA